AACAAAAUAUGUGAUUUUAAACAUUUUAUUCUUUUCACGUACCGUGUCAUGUUUUUGUCAUGUUUCGUGUUCUGUCACCCAGAAAAUGUUGUCAGUUUCACUUUUAUUAUAAUGCAUUCCUCCUACAAAUCCACCCCUGCUUUCAUUUUUCCCUACAUAACCAACAUAGCUUUCUAAAAGAAAGAAGGUCUGCAUUGUUUCUCGGUGCGUUAUUCACUGCAGCCUGAUAUUCAGACCAGACCAGAGUUUGGCUCCGAGCCUCAAAGAAUCACCAUUCAUUAGAUUAGUAAGAUUACCAGAGUCACCUUCAUCAAAAGGUGAUUAGGGGAUGUGAGAGGACUCUGAUCACAUGACCAGCCGAAAGAGAACGGAAAGAGAGCUUUUCACAGACGGAAAGACCAACAAGUUGGUGGGCUGCUACACGGACGAGAGCCCGGAGGACAUGGUGCUGGUGAGAGUAUACGGCAACAAGACGGAGCUGAUCGUGGACCGUGACAACGAGCUGAAGAGCUUCCAGGUUCUCCAUGCCAAUGGCUGCGCUCCACACCUCUAUUGCACCUUCAACAAUGGCAUCUGCUAUGAGUUUAUUCAGGGAGAAGCUCUCGGCCCGCAGGACGUCAGAGACCCCGUGCUGCUCAGACUCAUCGCUACUGAAAUGGCCCGCGUCCACGCCAUCCACGCCCACAACGGCUGCAUCCCAAAACCCAACCUGUGGAUCAAGAUGCGCAAGUACUUCUCCCUAGUGGCCACCGAGUUCACCGAUCAAGCCUCCAACACCAGAAUCCGAGAGGAAGUCCCCAGUAAGGAAGUGCUGGAAGAGGAAAUUGUGUGGAUGAAGGAGCACCUGUCUCAGCUGGGCUCACCCGUGGUGCUGUGCCACAACGACCUGCUCUGCAAGAACAUCAUACACAACUUGAAGGAAGGUUACGUUCGCUUCAUAGACUACGAAUACUCGAGCUACAACUACCAGGCGUUUGACAUUGGGAACCAUUUCAACGAGUUUGCAGGCAUGAAUGAACUGGACUACGCUCUGUACCCGAGUCGGGAGCUGCAGCUGGAUUGGCUGCACACUUACCUUAAGGCCUACAAGAGCUUCACCAAGAAGAACGAGGAAGUGACCCAGCAUGAGCUGGAGACCCUGUAUGUGCAGGUCAACAAGUUCUCACUGGCAUCACAUUUCUUCUGGGGCUUCUGGGCUCUCAUCCAGGCCAAGUACUCCUCCAUUGACUUCGACUUUCUCGGAUACGCCGUCCUGCGCUUCGAUCAGUACUUCAAAAUCAAGCCAGACGUCAUGGCCUUAAAGAUCCCGGAGUGAGAGACAAGACACUUGGGGGCUUUUGGGAGCAGAGGAACUUGGGAUAGGGAGGGUUCUGAGCUACACCAAGGGUGUGUAUGGGGCAGGUCCAGUUUCCAGGUCCCUCCACUCAAUCACAGCUCAGUCCACAUAUGUGUCUAAUAUGAAGUACAGGGCUUUUUUUUUUUCUUCUUCUUCUUCUUCUUCUUCUUUUUUUGCACUUUAUUUAUUCACUUUUUUGUUUAUUAUCGCAUGCGUCAUUCACCCAAACUUCUUUUGCAGUGGGCUUAACAGUGUCUCUGCAACUAUGUAAAUUGCCUUUGCUUUUUUUUUUAUUUUUUUAUUAUAAUUCUUUUUUUUUUUUUUUUGGUGAGUGACAGAGUGAAGCUGCACACCCAUUAAAAAAAAAACAACCACCACCCAACACCCCCCCAAUGCCUUCCCCCGAAAAAAAAAAAAAGAGAGAGAGAGAAAUUACCUUUCAGACCCGUAGCAGCAUACACUGUAGUCUGGAAGUGCACGCUUGGUUAAGCAUGACUACUUUUUUUUUUUUUUUUUUUUUUCUAGGCCCCAGAAAUUCCUGAGAAGUUAAGGCCACCAGGUCCAUUCACCCUACACUUUCUGGGGACCAGAUUUUUCCUGCCUUUUAAGCUUUUAUGGUAACUAGUAACUCUGUUGAAUUAUAAAUUCCGCACAGGUGAUGGAAAAAUCUCAGUCCCAGCCUCCUCCUCUUCCUCCUGCUGCUCCUCCUCCUCCGUUUGCCCUCACGUUACCUGCAGAGAGACAGACCGGGUAACUAGAGUCCCAGACACUCGGCUGGAAAUUUCUUUCUAAUGACUAAAAAAAAUUGGUCAAUCUGUUCAACCGGAUCCUGAAAGGAAAGAGGUGCUGAAGGUUAUACAAGCGCGUUGCAUAAUUUCAUCCAGCAGAUGUUAAGGCUUUGUGUGGCCCGAACUCCUCAAGCAUUAAAUCCAGAGGCAAUAGAAGAGGGUUUAGUGUUUCCACUAACGAUGUGCAUGUGAUUAACGAUCCCAGCAGACGGGUGACAAAUUAAAGGGGAAAUAAGGAGACGUUAAAGAUUAUUCAUUUUCCUGGCAUCUUUCCGCUCGGUUCCACUCGAGUCACGUGUCGCCGCAGAGAGCUCGAUCGUGUCUUUAACCUACGAUGGAACGUUUCUAUCCUGAUUGAGGGGCGUGGUCUCUUGUAUUUUCCAGCUUGACUCCGCCCCCCAUUCGCAGGGCACGAAAUCUCACCGAACGGUUCAAGAGGGAUGAGAACAAUGUGGCUUUCACAGAUAAAGUGAAACGUUAAACAGCGUAUCGCUUCAGUUUCAGAAGGGAUUGAAAUAACGAGUUAUUAAAUAUUACGUCAAACUAGUUACCGAGUCGAGUAAAACAUAAAACUGUCGUUAUCUGUUGUCUGGAAUAUUCAUAUUUCAAAUUGUUUCGAGAAAUUUUUAAAACCUGGUCAUAUUAAUAAUAUUAUUUGGACAUAAUAACUUCUCUGUAACACGUUAAUACGUUAAGGUAAUGACAUUAAAACAGCUCGUGCUUCAGGACAGAACCGUAAACUUCAGCGCCUCUUUGCUUCAGCUUCUUUCUGUCUCGAGUCUCAUCCUAACCAAAUCCCGAUCCUGUUUUCACUUAAGUGGCAGCAAAGUACUUACGGAUUGAUUUCGUGGCUGAGCAUGAGCUCGAUCUGUCCGUGUCCGUGAGCCCUGCGCGUCCCCGCUGCUCAGGUGCGCCGGCGCGUGUGUUAAUGGUCGAUGACGCUGGUUAAUAAUAAAACAGUCAAACCUGCUGCCAAUAACUGGAGCCAAGAGGCACUUCAACAACACCAUGAAUAAUUUUGUAGCCACCGAGUCACUAAUGAUCCUGAACGAUCUCCCGCCUUUGACUCGUUUUCUCUUUACUUUUCUUUUCUUGUCUAUAUUAUUUAUUCUACAAUUUGUAAGCUUUAUGGUAUUUUUUUUUGAGGGGUCAGGGUCAGUUCCCGAGACAGCGCUAUGAAUGCACUCAGAAAUAAAAGCACCAAACGGUCUGUUUUUGUAAAGUAUUUACAUUAAGUGUGUUUUAUACAGUAAAUCCACUUUUAGAGGAAACGUACAACGUUACCGAGCAUCACUAGGCCUAAAGCUACGAUUUUAUCCAUUCCGAUCCUACAAGAUAUAAAAUAUGUACACUUAAUGGUACCGAGUCAAAGUACCUUUGGUGGCCUUUUAUUUCUGACCGUGUGUUUUAGUUAGUGUAAUAAAAUGCACCACUAAAAUUGUUCCAGAAAGGAAAUAUCACCAUCGCCAAUAAAUAACUAAGAAAUUACCUGAUUCUAACAGUCCAGAAGAACCGUGUCAAGCUACGUGACUUUGGCACAGACCUUGUACUUUCAGGAUCUUUUGUCCCUUUAGUGUAUAUGUUUGUACCUGUUAUGGUAUGUAACUGGACCUUAAUGGGUACUUGCGUGCAUUUUGAUGCUUUAAAAGCCAAAGGCACACACACACACACCUGUGUAACUAGGGAGAAGGAGAAGUAUGGCUCAGUCCUGAGAUCUUUGAGAGCGAUGAAGGAAAACCAGUGCUUCAUAUCGGUGAUGCAGCUUUUGUGACAUUUUUAUAACAUUCUUGGGGCAACAAACCAAAAAUGUACAAAUUAACUUGAAAGUGAAGGCCCAUGUUUUUAAAAUAUUCACGUGAUUUAGUUCUCAUUGCGUCUAUUUUAAAACAACCUCCUAGACCUUUGUCUUAUUUCUGUGAUUGAUGAAUGGAGAGUCUACUGAGUUGUUGUUUUUUCCAUUGUUUUUCCUUUUUUUUUUUUUUUCCAGCUUGCAGUUAUUUUGCUAUUUUGUUUUUCUUUUUGUUGUUGUUGUUGUUGUUGUUCUGUGAAUGUAUUGGACUGACUUGAAGAAGUGUACAGAUAACAGUGUGUUUCUCUUAACCUUGACAUUUCCAGUUUGUACUUGGAGUUGGACUGGACUAGUUCCUGAUGUUUCUCUCUGACACGGUCACCAUUAAACAGUGCGGGCGUUGUAUUGACGCAUCGCCACCACCAGAGAGCGCUGUAGGCUCGAGGUGAAAAGCACGUGUGACGUGGAAGGAGAUGUAAAUACUGUGAAAUAUUGUGAAAAGACAAUACUGUACUGUAAAAUGACCCUUUCGACUUGAAAAGUAAUGUAACAUUUGGUCUUAAAGAUUUCCAUUAAAAAUAUUUGCUGUCUGAAUUAAAACUCAUCCUAGUCAUUUCA